AAUAUCGGUCGCAAUUACAUAAUCUAUCGAUAUACAUAUAAAGUACGUUGAAAACAAAUAUCACGUAACCGCUGUAAUUUGAUGCGAAGAAACGAACAAAUAAGAUUAUGGUAACCUGUUUCAUAUUUUGUUUUCAAAGAUAUGUACGCGCGAUGCGCUGUAGAUAUCGUAAAUAAUCGCAGAAAAGUUCAAACUUCAAAGUUUACAUAUUGGUAUUUUGAUUAUGGAGAAUCCGGUACCCAUUAUUCACGAUAUAAGAUGCGAUAAUAACACCGGUGGUGUUCAGUCUUGCUUUUACUUUCGUUGGUAACGUGUCGAGCUCUAUUCGUUCAAAAUGCUUUCAUCCGUUUUCGGAAAACAAUACAAACUCCAAUCGAGUGAAAAUUUUGAUGACUUCAUGAAAGCCUUGGGUGUAGGUAUAAUGACACGUAAAAUGGGUAGCAGCGUGAGUCCCGUGAUUGAACUGACAGAGAACAAUGGAGUGUAUACGUUGAAAACGACUAGCGCAUUCAAGAACUCUGAAAUAAAAUUCAAGCUUGGUGAGGAAUUUGAUGAAGAAACAGCAGACGGAAGAAAAGUGAAGUGUGUCUGCACUUUAGAUGGAAAUAAACUUAUUCAAGUACAAAAAGGAGAAAAGGAAACCACUAUUGAAAGAGAAUUCACGCCGACAGAAAUGAAAGCGAUCAUGAAAGUUGAUGAUAUCGUAUGUACAAGAGUAUACAAGGUUCAAGAAUAAAGAUGUUAUUUAAGGAAAUAAUGUUCCUUAAUGAAUUAAAAAUUGAUUAAUGAUGUUGAAAGUUGUUCUCGCUAAUUAAGGGCAAUAUAUUGUUUUCAUAAAUGUAAAAAAAUAAACUUUUUUACACGCAGAAUAAUACACAUGAACGCAUAAAUAUGA